UAGAAAGAAAUUAUUUUUUUAUGUUAACAAUCACGACAAUAACUAGAUAUACUCCAACGUUAAAUGUGAAUGCUUUUGGAUGGAAUAAUUUUAAAUAAAUGAAGUUUUGAAUAAAGUCUAUUAUCAUAUCAACAGUUGUGUGAAUUAUUCAUAGUUUUCUUAUAAUGUCCAUGAAUUCCAAAUAAAAUGUUGGAAAAAUUUAAAAGACAAAACAUCUAAUUUAUUAAACUACAACAAAUGGAACAAGAAACAAAAUAUGAUUCCAUGACAUCGUCUCAUUAUUGUUUUGGUUUAAAAAUGAAAUCACAUGAGAUUCAUGAAGGAAAAAGUAAGUCAUUAUGUAGAAAUCCAGUUGGUUCAUCUACAUCAAUAUCUAUGCCAAUUGCAUGGCCUAAAAGAGUUGGAUCAAGGAAAAAAUCAAAUACAAGCACAGAAUUCGACGAAAAAUCCGAAUGUGAAAUUCAAAAACAAUCAUUAACGGAUAUAGUCAAUAACGAUAAAUGCAGAAAAGAAACAGAUACACAAAAACAACGCUUUUGGCGUUUCUUCAGGAUUGGGUUUACGAACAAAUCAAAAAAGCAAAAGUCAGAUUUACUUAAUAAUGAAAUAUCCCCAUUCGAUGCAAUAAGAAAUGUUUCAGCUAAACACUCACAUUUCGUCAAGUAUCUUGCUUUAGAAGGUCCAGUCAACCAAAGUUUAACCUACCUUCCAUCAACGGUCAAAAUGAGUUUGCAGUGGCCUGAUCAAGAAAAAUCAGAUAUAUUUGAUCCCAAUGAAACAAAAAAUUCAACAGUGUGUUUAAACGAAUGCGUUAAUCCUGAAGAAAGUAGCUACAAGAAUGACAACUGUACUAAUGUGAUGAUUCGACCACCUAAAUGUGGACAAAGAAGUUCUAGUGUUACACCAUCAGAUAGGUUUUCAGAAACAUCUAGUGAUAGAAACAUAGAAUCUUGUUCGACAUGCGAAAAAGUUUAUCCAUCAACUCCCAUUGCCUCCAAAUCAACCGUACUUCUCCGUCGCCCAAGAACUCCCACGUUAGGAAGAGCUGCUCUAUUUGUUCGUGCAUCAUAUAUGGGUGUGGAUAAGUCAGGAACACCAACUAGUUUAUCAUUUUCCAAACAAAGUACAAAACGAGAUACGGUCUUAUCAAAUGAUUCCCAUUUCAGUGAUUUUCCGAAUUUAUCCAGUACACAGUCAGGUUUUAUUAGUCGUAGUUCAAGUCUAAACUCUGAACUCAGGGAAUUCAAUCAAAAUACACAGCAAAGUUUUAACCGAUUAUCUGUUAAAAGUAACUCAUCACAAACUAAUUUGCAACCAUUUAAUUUGAAUGGACGUCAGUGUGAAACAAAAAUUCCAAAAGCUACAUCGAGUAGAUAUAAUUGUCAUGCUUAUGAUACUGUUCCGUUGGAUAAACUUGAAUGUUUGAAAUUAAUUCCUUCAGUACAAAUGUUAAGUAAAAGUUCUGAAGUAAAUUCAGAAUCAUCAAAUUUAGCAUUUAUCAAAUCAUCCGAUAAUGUUCCAACUACAAUUUCUUCAUUACAUGGAGAUCAAAAACUACAAUCACAUACUAGUGAAUAUAACACUGAACGAAAUCAAACUCAAGUGAUAGAAUCCAAUAUUUUGCAAGAUACAAGACAUCCUGUUGAUAUGUUGAUUACAUCAUCUUCAGAAACUGAAGUAUCAGUUAUGAAUGUCAAACAACCAAUGAAAUAUGAAUCUAACCGUACUUUGGAAAUCUCUAAUCUCCAGCUUAAUCCACAAUCCUUUUCAAAAAAUUGUGGCAUUAUUUCAAAUUCACGUAAAUCAGUUGAAAUUCCAAAGGCUUCAGUGCAACCUAUAAGACAGAAACCUGUCAAGACUAUCAUUGGAGCAGAAUUACCAACUUCACCAAGAUCUCGUAAUUCACAAAAAUCAAAUCAUCCAUUUUAUACAAAAUUAAAUAAAAAUCCAACAAAGAAAUUCUGUGAAUCAAUUAAUAACACUGAAACCAGUACUGAAAUACCUUUUCCUAAACAUAACUCAGAAUAUACUGAACAGUUUCAAAAUGAAAAAUUGAUUAAUCAUUCAGUUAACAUUGGAUCAUUUGUUUUACGCAGACGUGCUAAACCGGAAUUGGAAAAUGAACAACACAAAGAUGUAUCACUUCGGAUAUCCAUACAAGAAGUUAAAAAUCUUUCAGCUAAAGGACGAUACUUUUGUGAAAUAUGUUUGGAUCGUACAUUAUAUGCGCGUACCACUAGUAAACUGUCAGAUGGAACUGUAUUCUGGGGGGAACAAUUUGAUUUAAAUAAUUUGCCUAUAAUAUCCAUUAUGACAAUAAAUUUAUUCAGGCAAGCAACUUCUGUAAAAGACAAACGGCAAAAAAAUAAAAAUCAGAAUCAAUUUAUCGGUUAUGUUACUAUUCCACUAAACGAUGAUUCAGAACAAUGUGAGAUACAAAAAUGGUUUACUAUGCAACCUCCACAAAUUAAUUCAAAUUUAAAUUAUCUAGAAAAUUUACAAGUUCGUCAUCAACAACAAACAGAUACAAAUCAAAAUCCAUCGACUAAUUCUUCAAAUGGUGUAUCAGGACGAUUUCGUAAACAUUCGAUUCCAGCUUCAUGUUUUGGAUAUUCUAAUUCAUUUUCAAUCAUACCCAAUUCGCAGUAUACUACUAAUAGUAAUAAUAAAUUAAAUGAUGAUAAUGAACUUAAGUAUAACCAUAUGGAACUAUCAAAAAAGAAAUGUUCAUGGACUGCUGGUGUCAGUACAGAUAGUAAUUUUAAUAAAAAUAAUAAAAUUAUUCCUAAAUCAUCAUCAUCUACAUCAACUGCUACUUCACCAAAUCUUUCACCUAAUAGUAAUUCAGUUACAAAUAAUUUUAUUUUACCUGAAAAUUCUUUACCUCAACUUAGAAUGAUGAUUCAUUAUCAAACAGUUGAUAUUCUACCGAUUGCUUGUUAUAAUGAAUUGAAAGAGGUUGUGAUACUGCCUGGAUGCCUGUACCUAAAGGUUCAAUCCACAAGGCAGUGGAGCAACGUCAAGAGAUGCAGUCCCAUAGUAGCCGAUGAUCAACAAUUGGUUCAUAUGCCAUUUGCUUCCUCAGGAUCCUGGAACCUAUGUACACCACUGGUUUGGAAUCAAGGUAUUUCAACUCUCCUAGGUGAACUCUCCGUGUCCACCAACCUGGUUAAAGCGCGGGACAUUUGCUUUUUGUCUUCUGAGUUUCGUAAACAACAUUUCUGCUACAAGAAGUUCAUCAAAACAAAAUAUUUGGAUUUGAUUAGAAACUUAGAACUUAAAUUAUCAGCUAAACAAAAAGAAGAAUUGACCAGUUGUUUUGUAAAUAUUUUUGAAAAACUUCCAGAUUUAUCUGUAGCGGAAUUUUUAUCAGUACUACUUCGUGAAGAUUUAAGUAAUAAUGGAAAAGAAUCUAUGAUAUUUCGAGCUAACUCAGCAGGGUCAAAAGCAAUGGAAUGUUAUAUUAAAUUAGUGGGAACGGAUUAUUUACGAUACACUCUUGGUCCAGUAAUCGACCAAUUACUUGUUAUUGGAGAUGACUUCGAAAUAGAUCCUUCUAGAUUAGGAGCUUCCAAUGAUUCAUCUACUGCAUUAAACAACCGAAAUACAUUAUCUGCUAUACUAGAAAGAAAUCGUACUGCUUUACUAAAAAAUGUUGCAAUGAUCUGGCAAAGAAUUGAAUCAAGUCAAUGUAAACUACCGAAAGAAUUACGUGAUGUUUUUACUGCACUAGCAUUAACAAUUGAAGAAACACAUGGAGUUCAAUCGGCGGCACAUUUAAUUUCAAGUUGCUUAUUUCUACGUUUUAUUUGUCCAGCUAUACAUGGUCCAGUAUUAUUUGGUUUAGCUUCAUCUAUACCAGAAAAUAAUCGUAUUUCUAGAAAUUUAACAUUAAUUGCAAAAGUUUUACAAAAUUUAGCUAAUUUAACAUUAUUUGAAGAUAAAGAAAUUCAUAUGAAAGCAUUAAACUCUUUUAUUGAACCAGAAAUACCAACAAUGUAUAAAUUUCUUCGAUCAAUCGCUUCAAAUACUGAUUCUAAUUAUCAUUUAUCAACUAAUUCUGAUUGUCAUGAAUUUAUUGAAUUAGGAUAUGAAUUUGCAAAACUUACUCAAUUACUUAAUCUUUACGUUAAUAAAAUUAAUAUUACACCACAAAUCGCUGAAUUACCAGAUCUAUUACAGAAUAUUUCAGAGUUAUUAAAUAAUCAAACCUUUACAUCAUGGAAUCAUAAAAGUCAGACCAGUUUUGAAAGAAACACAAAUAGUAAUUCACAUUCUUCUAGAAGUGCAAUACCAAGACAUCAUAGUCUCUCGAACAAUAAUCCUAUUUCAGGUGUUGAUAACAGAAGGCAAUCAGAAGCGACUACCAUCAUAAAACCAUCAUUAACUAAAUUACAUGUAGAUAGAAAACUAUCAUCGGAAGCACCUAUAAAUGUAAAACCAAUACAUAAUCAACAAGAACCUAGUAAUAAUGCUAAUUCAAAUAGUUCAGCUGACAGUAAUGAAUUUAUUUCAAAUAUAAAACAAAAAAAAUCGUGGGAUACAUUUAUUAUACAAAAAGAAUAUUUACCAUGUAAAUUUAAUUCUGCCGAUAUGAUAUUUAAACAAAUACAUAUAAAUGAUCUUGAACAGUCAGAAAACAUGGAGGAGUUAUUAAGUCAAUAUCGUGAACAGUUACGUCAGUUAAAUGAUUGUAUUGAAAAAGUUGGACCGAAUUGUUGUCAUAAUCCAAAUUUAUCUCAUGCUUUAAGUCAUUCUACACAAUCUGUACAUAAGAUUAAAAACCCUUCAAAUAGAAUUCCUAAUAAUAAUGGAAAUAAUAACCAUAUAAACAAUGGAAGAUCUGAUAGAAAUUUAUCAAGACAAAGUACUGAUGAGAAUAGUUAUCGUCAAAUGAAACGAAAAAUAAUAAAUUCGAAAUCCGAUAAUUCAACACCUAUACCGUUAGAUAGUUUGUUGAAAAAAACACAGUGUCCAUAUCAAAAUUCAGACAACAAAACGAAUAAUAAUUCAAUAAGUAAAGAUGAUGAUGAUGAUGAUGGAGAUGAAGGUGAUGAUAAUUAUACCAGUGAGUGUGAUAUCGGUAGAACAUUAGUUCCUACUCAUUCUGCAUCUAUAACUAUUGAUCGUUCAAGUACAAGCGAUAGUGAUUAUGAUUAUGACGAUUGUGAUGAUAGAAUCACAGAAUGUACUACUGAAGAUACAAGUGAAUACGUAAAGAAAACAACCACAAAAAAUAACAAACCAAGAAGAAUUUCCGCAAGACAAAAUCAUUUGUCUGAAUCUCCAAGUCUGGAUCAAUUAGCCGAAAAAUUACAAGAAUUAAAAAAAAUGCUUCAAUUAGAACGUCAAGAAAUCGAAGAAGUAGUAGCAUCUAAAACAGAAGUGAUAAAACAACAAGAAAAAUCUAUUGAACAAUUAGAAUCGGAACUUGAUCAAUUACGUAAAGAUCAUAGACCAUUAAAAAUGAAACCACCGAAUGGUAGACAUACAAGUAAAUCAACUUCACGUACAGUCAGUCCAACUUCAUCACUUUCAUCUGAAUGUUAUUCAUCUAAUUUAUCUGACACAACUCAAAAUUGUCACAGUUAUAAUAAUCCUUUUUAUCAUAACGAUAUACAUAACAAUAAUAAUAAUAAUAAUCACUUUUUUGAUUCAUCAGUUACAAAUUAUCACAGUAAUAAUCAAGGUUUAAAUAAUCUUAGUCGAGGUGAACCAAUCAAUACAGAGAAUUAUCGUACUGAAAAUUUUCAAGAAAAAAUAUUAUGGAGAGGACAAAUGAGUCGAUGUGAACCACAAAUUAGAUGUGAUUCUAACCUACUUUAUUUGUCAAGAGCUAGUGAAGGGACAGGAAUUCCAUUAGGACAUUUAAUUGGAGCAAAUCGUUCAGCUCAUAUUGGACGUCGUGAAUCAGAAACAAAACUUUUGCCACAUUAACAUUAUACUCAUAAGUUAACAUAUAUUAUUAAAAUAGUAUAUCUUCAUAAACUCUUUAGACAAUAUUAAUUAUCUUUUAAUAGUUUAACAAGAACUGCCCACACAUAGACUCAUAAAUGAACUAUUAAUAUAUGAACAUUUUCAUUAAAUGCUAGACUAUGUGUAAGCUGCGACACUGUGAAUACAUUACUAUAUAUAUAUAUAUAUAUAAUACUCGUGUAAACACCCAAAAUCCCAGUGACUUAUUUAAACGAAAAGCAAUA